AAAAAGGUGCAACCCAGAAUUCCAGGACCAUCCCAGCGGCCGUUACAGUUGUGGCUAACAUAAAUUGCUCACUUUAUGACCCAUAAAAGUUUCAUAAUGACCAAAAAAAAAACAAUCUUGAUCGUUAUCCAUACACACCCAUUUUCCAUUUGUUUCAUUUCUUUUGGUUGUCAAGAAUCAUAUCAGGUAUCUGAUCUUGUCUGAGAAAAAGCCUUUCUUUACUCGCAAUUGUACUCCAAAUUAUGAAAAUAAUAAUAAUUAGUAUAUGAGAUAAGAAUGCAGCAUUUCAUAAUAUUCACAAGGUGAAUUUAACAACUAUAAAGACUCAGUGAUGAAGUUCAUGAAACUUGGUUCUCGUUCUGAUGCUUUUUAUAAUUCAGCCGGUGUAAAGUCAAUUUCCUCAGAAGUUAGAACUGAUAUUAUAAUCCAAGUGAAUGAAACAAGAUAUUUGCUUCACAAGUUUCCGCUACUAUCAAAAUGCUUGAAGUUGCAGAAAGACUGUUCUGAAGACUCUGAAUCCUCACAACUUCAAAUGAUCGAACUCGCUGAUUUUCCGGGAGGCUGCGAUGCUUUUGAAUUAUGCAUAAAGUUCUGCUACGGAAUCACGAUCACUCUGAGCGCGUACAAUAUCGUGGCUGCUCGAUGUGCAGCCAGAUACCUUCAAAUGACAGAAGAUGUUGAAAAGGGCAAUUUAGUCAACAAACUUGAAGUGUUCUUCAACUCUUGCAUUCUCAACGGUUGGAAAGAUUGCAUAGUCACUCUUCAUACCACAAAACCGUUCCAGUUAUGGUCGGAUGAGUUGGGAAUCACAAGCCGGUGUAUCGAAUCGUUGGUGUCAAAAGUCCUUUCUAACCCUUUGAAGGUGAGUGUAUCACAUAAGCGUACGAAUAAAAAAGGGGAGAUAGAAGAAGUUCAUACAACCAAAAGGUGGUGGGGCGAGGAUCUUUCAGAGUUACCGAUCGAUCUUUAUUGGCGAACGAUGGCAGCCCUUAAAUCGGGACGAAAAGUGCCACCUACACUUAUCGGUGAUGCUUUGAAAAUCUACACUUCAAAGUGGCUUCCGAAAAUUUCAAAAAUUUUUAAUAACGGGUCAAGUUUGAACAGUGAAUCGGAUCCUUCACGUUCGAAUAGCAGAAUGCUUUUAGAAUCGAUAAUUACGCUACUGCCGACUGAAAGUAAUGCGGUUUCUUGUAGCUUUCUGCUCAAGUUAUUAAAAGCGGUCAACAUACUUCAAGCUUCGAGUUCUUCAAAACUGGAGUUAGCUAGAAAAGUUGCACUUCAAUUAGAUGAAGCUAAAGUUUCUGACUUGAUGAUUCCGUCUGUAUCAAACGAUAGUGAUACAAUAUACGAUCUUGACAUAGUUUUGAACAUUUUGGAGCAGUUUAUGCUACAAAGUCAAAGUCAAAGUCAAAGUCAACAGACUAGUUCUAAAAAACCAUUGCAAUCGUGUGACGAUGGUGUUUGUGAGCUUGAGGGCUGCAAGUCUUCUUCUGCAGCGGUAAAUGGUGCGAUGGUUAAAGUAGCGAAGCUUGUAGAUGGAUUUCUGCAAGAGAUUGCUCGAGACGUGAAUGUACCGUUGUCGAAGUUCAUUGCUUUUACAGAAGCUGUUCCUGAACUUGCAAGACUGAAUCAUGAUGAUCUUUACAAAGCUAUUGACAUAUAUCUCAAGUCACAUCCGGAGCUAAACAAGCGUGAAAGGAAGGACCUUUGUCGAACACUCGACUGCAAAAAACUCUCUUUAGAAGCAUGCAUGCAUGCAGCACAAAACGAGCUGCUUCCAUUACGUGUCGUGGUACAAGUCCUUUUCUCUGAACAAGCUCGCGCCGCAAUGGCUGGUGGUCACGUGACCGGUCUGCCCAACAACAUCAAAGCGUUAUUAGCUGCCAAAGGUACUGAACCUAGCCCAGCUGGUUCACUAAGCACCGCCACGAGCACACCACAACAACAUGCCCAACGGGUCAAGUCACCGAACCCUAGUGUUACUCGUUCAAAGACGAAUGUAGAUGCGGGUGAUGAUUCAGCCGAUGCGUCUUUGAAGGGUAAACAACAUUGUUCGAUUCCUUCCGUGCCCAAAAAGACAAUGUUGAGUAAGUUGUGGUCGACGAACCGUGUUGAAAACGAAAAGUGAGAUAUUUGUGACUAACUAGAUGUUAUGAUGCAUAUAUGAUGAUGAUACACCAAUCUUGGGUUCUAUAUGUUAGAUGUGAAGAUUAAACCGAUAACGUACGAUAGCGUCUAUACAUGUAUAUGCAAUUCUCACAUGUUCAGAAAGAUUUUUAAUAUGUUGUGGUUACUUUGUAUUUUAAUGCUUAAAUAUCGUUUCUUAA